GAGAGAGAGACAGAGGGACAGAGGGGCUCAGGGAGGUUUCCACAUCUCGAGCACUACCACGGUCCUCAUCGACCCAGAGGCACGCAGUGGCCAGCGAGGACAGAAAGCUGUAGGACAGGAUGGCAGGCAAGGUGCUGGCUGGACUGGCUGUGCUGCUGGGGUUUGUGGGACAGGCUCUGAGCGGCACCCCACUGAGGCAAGAUGGCUUGAACCCAGAUGUGCUGUAUCCAUGGCGAGCGAAAAGUGCCGGUCUGGGCCGGGUGAAGAGGGACUGGAUCAUUCCACCCAUCCGGGUGUCUGAGAACAGCAAGCAUGUUCCUGAGUACCUGGUCCAGAUUAAAUCGGACAAGGUCUUCAGUGGCGAGGUGAUCUACAAGCUGGAGGGUCCUGGGGUCAACCAGGAGCCCAAGAACCUCUUCGAAAUCGAAGAUAAAACCGGAUGGAUCAAGAGCAUGAUGCCCCUGGACAGAGAGAAACACAAUCGCUUCACGGUAAAAGCCUUUGCUCUUUCCCUGAGUGGAGAGCGUCUGGAAAACCCGACCACCAUACAAAUCUACGUACUGGAUCAAAAUGACAACAGACCAAAAUUUAUCCAAGAGGAGUUCAUUGGCUAUGUGCCUGAAUUCUCCAUCCCGGGCACUUCGGUGCUCACAGUGGCCGCGCUGGAUGCCGACGACCCCUCGACAGACAACGCUGCGCUGAGCUACACCAUCACUGCGCAGGAGAGCUUCCCGCGGUACAGCAUCAACAAGACGAUGUUUGGCAUCAAUAAUGAAACAGGGGUGAUCUACACCCGAGAUGUGGGCUUGGACCGAGAUGUGGUGCAGUCCUUUCUGCUGACUCUGCAGGUGGCAGACAUGUCUGGACUGGGCCUCACCAGCAGAGGCAAAGCCAUCAUCCACAUCCGUGACAUCAACAACCACGCGCCGCAGUUCCAUCCUGACACGUACAGUAUGUUUGCUAUGGAGAACAAGGUGGGCGAGGAUCUGGGCAGAGUAAAUGCUACAGACAAGGAUGAGCAGAAUGGAGAGAACUGGAGGAUCACUUAUUCCAUAAUAAGGGGGGACUCUGCUGGGAACUUUGCCAUCCGAACUGAGCCGAACACCAACGAGGGUAUAAUCUCAGUGGAAAAGCCCUUGGACUUUGAGUCUCGGGCAGAAUACCGACUCACAGUGAGAGCAGACAAUGACGUUCCUCUCAGUGUCAGGGCUGCAUCCGAACAGGCUCACACUGCUACAGUCAGCAUCAGGGUUCUGAAUGAAAAUGAGGCGCCCCGAUUCUAUAGGAACCCCAUAGAGGUGGCAAUUCCAGAGUCCACUGCCCCAGACACUGUCCUGGUGUCGGACAUCGCCCACGACCCUGACAAUGCUAAGCUCAGGUUUGAAAUCAUUCAGGAUCCUGAGAGGUGGCUGAUGAUCAACCAUGAAACAGGCGAGAUCCGAGCCAGAAAGGCUUUCAACAUCCGCUCUCCAUAUGUGAGGAACAACAAGUACAUGGCCGUGGUUAAGGUCACCGACCUGGACACGGGAGGAGUUUCUGCUAGAGCCUCCCUGGUGAUCACACUGUGGGAGACCAACGACUUCCCCCCUGUUCUGGUUCCUCUGAGCGGCACCGUCUGCAGAGACAGAACCUCAGACCUGACCCAGAUGGGUCUGCUGCUCAGCGCCAUGGACCAGGACCUGACCCCUCAUGCUGACCCUUUCACCUUUGCCCUGGCUGACGCAGACAUAGCUGCCAAUUGGACCGUCAUACCACUUAAUGAGACCCAUGCAGUGCUGCAGCCGCUGAUAGACAUACACUGGGGUGAGUUCUUUGUGCCCAUCACAGUGUCCGACUCGGGCUCCCCUGCCCGCUCCUCCAGUGCCCUGGUCAACGUCACCGUGUGCCCGUGCGACAGGGCCGGGGGGUGCACGACCAUGGCAGCCGCUGCCAUUUUUGGGGCACGAGUGGGCAUCAGCUUCAUCGCCCUCAUAAUAAUCACGGCCAGCGCAACCCUUCUGCUCUUACUGCUUCUCCUGGCCAUGGCUGUGAGGGGCUGCACCAGCCACAGUGUGCGGAAGGGAGGCGGCCUCCUGGUUUGUGAAUCAGACGACGACGUGCGAGACAACGUCUUCAACUACAAUGAGCAGGGUGGUGGGGAGGAAGACGAGGACGCGUUCAACAUUGAUCUUCUGAGGUCACGCAGUGACAUGGUUCCUUUCCCUGAAACUUUCAACCAACCAGGCUCUGGCCUGCCCAAACGGAAGCAGCCACUCAGGAAAGAUGCACCGUAUGAUCUCCCCUCGCCCAGGUAUCCACGGAAACCCCCAGCAGACCCCACUAACAUCGAGGACUUCAUCAAUGAUGGUUUGGACAUCGCAGACAAUGACCCCAACGUGCCGCCGUACGACACGGCCCUGAUCUAUGACUAUGAAGGAGACGGUUCCCUGGCAGGCAGCCUGAGCUCCAUUGCCUCCAUCGGCUCAGACGAGGACCAGGACUACGACUACCUCAACGACUGGGGGCCACGCUUCAAGAAACUGGCUAACAUGUACGAGCCACGCUAGUGACCAGGCCCCUCCACCUAUACUGAGCUCACCCCUAGAGCUCGCAGUCAAACAUUGUUCUGAUUGUUACCACAACCUCUAGGAACAACUUAGUUUCAACAUUCCCCAUCCAACAAGGUUUGGGGUUGCUGACGUCGCCUCCUACUGGUGAGGAUGGGAAGGAUCUGUAAAUCAUUGAUCAAGGUAAUGGUAGCUAUAGUCAACAUUGAUCUUCUGAGGGUUCCCAGUGACAUGGUCCCUCCCCUUGAACCCUUCAGCCAACCAGGCUCUGGCCUGCCAAAUCCGAAGUAGCCACUCAGGAAAUAUAAUCCCAGUUUUGAGCUCAUUACAUUCUCCUUGUGUGUUUUCCUGCGAAAGGUUGCCAUCGUCAUGCCAGAGACUCUGAGCUGUUUUUCUCUCUCUGUGUGGUCUCAAAUCAGUGGGCUACUUUACUGGUCUGAAGUGAUGAAAGGCCAUGAACACAGGAGUAUAAAACGUACACCGCAACAACAGUAGACAGUGCAACAGUGCCUCAGCAAACACUAAUAAGAGAUAGGGUAUGGUAUUCUAACAAGCUCUAUUAAACAGGAGAAAUGAAGACAUUGUAGGGUGAGCACUAAUUUGAGUGUUAUCUCUAGUAUGUCCAUUUGUAGUCUUAGCACAGGAGACCUCAAACACAGCUGACCCAAAUGAAAAUGAUCAGUAGCACUUUACGGUUGCACAGCCAGUGUAGAUAACCACAAGCAAUUUCUUUCAUGAAUGUCUAUAUAGUAUUUAUGAGCAGGCUAUGUACGUACCAUGAAUGUAAUAUAAAAUCCUUAAGAAGUAACCUUCAGAUGAUGUUUUGCUUUAUUAGAAUAUCAAUUCAAUCAGGAGUGUUACAUUAAAUGUGAAAUACAAAAACUGUGACUGACAGCUACCAUUCUGACAGUAAUACAGAUCCUAUCCUGUUUGAGUAACCAUAUCCAUACCACUGUGAUGCUUUAGGGAGAGUGGAACAUCACCCUUUCCUCACCAGGUAAAUAUGAAAUACGUGCCCCACACGAACACUUCUCAUUCCAAGAUGAGUGAGAAGAGUGUAAAAUUAAGUGCAGGCUUUCAUGAUUGCGUUUACUGCAGGAUCUAGAGAAAGUGAUUGAACGAAGGGGGUUGUGGGAUGUGUAGGAAUAACGAAAAGUAUGAACGUGCGCACUCUUAGUUGGAGAAGUCUGUUUAAAGACUGAGUGACAAAUAACAAGCGGAACAUUGUAAGUUGAAAUAUAUGAGUAAUUUUGUGAUGUUUUUUUAUAUUUACAACUUCCUUAAUUGUGUAUAUAUGUAGAUUUACAUUUAACUUUCUGAGGGAGCCAAAGAUUUGAUUUAAAGCUUCACCCAAACAUUACCUGAUGCCUUAAACCACUAUUCACAGGUGUAAACAGGGCUUUAGCCAGGACAGUUUGAUAUGUUGUUUUUGCUUUUAAGAACAUGGGAAACAUUUUAAUCACAGAUUCUAAUUCCUUUUUUAUUGUGUUGUUUGGAUUAUUUUUUACUAUAACCACUAUUUAUUUAAUAAGAAAACUGUUGAUGUUGCAUUUUGUAAAACUUUUUGGUUAAAAAUAAAAGAGCAGAAUGUUA